GGCAGGUCUGCCGGUUAUAAAUUGCAGCCGUGGCUGGUGCCGCCGCGGUAGUGGGGGUGGUUCUUGCGUGUAGCUGGUUCUCUGCUCCGAGAUCUCUCGCCAGUAUGGCUCUUCGUAGCAGUUUCGCUCGGCUCCUCCAACAAGCCGGCUCCCCUCUGCGGGUCCCAAAGAAGCUGGCCCACUCGGUGGCCCUCAUCGGGGCCCCCUUCUCCCGGGGCCAGAAAAAGAGAGGAGUGGAUCAUGGUCCUGCAGCGGUCCGGAAUGCGGGACUGGUCGGAAAGCUCUCCGGCAUGGGUUGCCAGGUAUAUGAUCUUGGAGACUUAAAUUUCACCCAGGUGCCCAAUGACGAACUCUACAAUAACCUAGUCAAGUACCCACGCUCCGUAGGAUUAGCUAACCAAGUUCUGGCUGACACUGUGAAUGGAGCUGUGGCAGCUGGGCAUAGCUGCAUAACCAUUGGAGGUGAUCAUAGCUUAGCACUUGGCUCUAUCAGUGGACACGCAAGGCAGUACCCACAUCUCUGUGUGAUCUGGGUUGAUGCACACGCUGAUAUUAACACUCCACUCACAAGCCUAUCAGGAAACCUCCAUGGGCAGCCAGUUUCAUUUCUUUUAAGAGAACUUCAAGAUAAGGUGCCAGUGCUUCCUGGAUUUUCCUGGCUGAAGCCCUGUCUUUCACCAUUAGAUAUUGUAUAUAUUGGUCUGAGAGAUGUUGAUCCUGCUGAACAUUAUAUUCUGAAGAACUACGGCAUUCAGUAUUUUUCAAUGAAACAUAUUGAUGGCCUUGGAAUCCAGAAAGUGAUGGAAAGAACGUUUGACCAUCUUUUGGGCAGAGGACCAAGACCAAUCCAUCUGAGCUUUGACAUCGAUGCCUUUGACCCAUCACUGGCUCCAGCAACAGGGACACCUGUCUUGGGUGGAUUAACAUAUCGUGAAGGCAUGUACAUUUCUGAGGAAAUACACAACACAGGUAAAAACCAAGCAAGCAUUUUUUUUUAAUUUGGGUUAAGGUAACAA